CCACUUGAGUUCGUCUGAAAUUAUAAAUAAUCUAAAUAGUUCCCUUCCCACUCUUAUUUUAUUUCCCAUCGUUUACUUUUGGAGCCGUAAGCCAUCAUGUCUUCCAAGUCAGACAAACAUAAAACCGCGUUCGAUCUUGAAUCCAAGGUAGUUCAACCCCCUACUUUACAAACCCCCCUUCAGAAUGUCCCGGAAAACGAAGCGAUUGAACUUUCAAAAAAGCGAAAGCACUCUCCGAGCAGGGAGAAUCUUGACCAAGCUCCGAGUCACGGACAAAGAAGCAUUCUGAAAUUCAAAAACGAGUCUCCAUGGAAUUCAUACAGGAAGGAAUUUGGCUGUGAGCUUGCCGGAGACGCCGUCGCAGUCGUCCAUAGCAAAAACCCUUCGAGAGUUCUGCUACUCAGGUCCUACCCUGACGCUAUUUCGUCCAAGAUGCUACAAUGGUUCUCCCAACAUCAACACCCGCAUAUUAUGUCUGCAAAGGAGGCCUAUUUCUUCAAGAAUUCAUUAUACAUUAUAUGUGAAGACCUCCCCUUGACUGUGGAGCAUCUCAUUGUCUGUCGUGCCUAUCCAACCGAAGGCCAACUCGCCGUGAUCAUGAGACAGAUUCUAGAGGGUCUAUCAUACCUGGUAACCCAAGGUCUCGAGCAUCAGGCUUUGAAAUCAUCGAACAUCUUAAUGAAUCUGGAUGGCAUCGUCAAAAUAGGCUCGUUAGAAGACGUUCAGGCCCGAGACCAGAACCGAGACCAACGCGCAACUCUGGACGCUAUAAAGACAAUUACUAUGGAGCUGAUGGAGAAGCAUACUAAAAAGAAUGGUACUACUGGCGUGAAUGACCUGAAGCGUUGGCCAGUGGACUCCAAUGCGGUGAAAUUUCUAGCAGCCACUGACUCUGUCAGCUCUGUCGAUGAGUUGAGAAAGCACCAGCUCAUAAGACAAUGCACCGCCACUGAGGGUGAGCUGGUUGGUUUAGCGCGAUUUGCCUUGGUGUCUACUCGCACUUUCUAUUCUUAUCCAUAG